UUGAAGAAUUCUUAUCAACUAAGUUACUAUAAAAAAGAGGAAACUGUUCUAUAGAGUCUACAAGGUGCUGUAAGCUAUCUGAGAAUCUAGAGCUCUGACUUGUAAUCAUGCUGCGAAAAUUGCUUUUCUUGACUGUAGUCUUUGGUGCUGCUUUUGCCAGUCGUUCUGCAAAUCAGUACAUUGAUACUGUGAUCCGGAAUGGUUUGCCCACUGCCACAAGAGAGCUAGGCUUAGACCCUCUUAAAUUGUCAACAUUCAGUACUCGAUUUGGCCCAACAAGUGUAUACCAAUCCCAAGGCGAAGCCACUUUCACUAACGGCAAUGCAACUGGAUUGGCAAAAUUACAGAGGGUAGGAGAUUGUUCUGGGCCUUCCAUGUACCGAGGAGAACUCUCGAUAAACUGUACUCUUAGAGUUUACCACAUCAAUCUCUCAUACCAGGUCACAGCCAGGAACGGCACCCGCUAUUACCCAGCAAGAGCUGGUGGAUUUGUCCAAGAAACAACAUUAAACUUGGAAGUUGUAGGGCGUCCUCAAAGCUAUGUUGGAUCUGUGAAAAAUUUCCGACUUGUUAAACUUGGAAUGGUGAAUCCUACUGUCAACGGACUUCCCGUUUCACUGAACACUUACUUGAAAGUCAUGUUUGACGCAUAUAGAACCCAUGUAUCUUCUGAAUUAUUUAAUGUAUUCCAGCAGAAAUAUGCGUAUGCUCUAGGCAGAGCUUUAGCAUACACACCAAUGCCAAGACAAUAAGCAUCCUACCUUAAAUUAAAUAAAAAGUAUUUCCUUACAAAA